AUGGCGAUUCCGAGGUUAAGCUCUCUGUUUCGAUGCAGAAAAUGGGCUAAAAGCGAUUGGCUUGUCGCUUUCUUAGGAUUCCUAUUGAUCGUUUUUUUCCUCUCUUUCUUCUUCGAUUCCACUUCUGACUCCGUCCCUUCCGUUGACCGACCUCUACCCAUCGCAUACCCUCCCGAUCUGGUCAAACUGAAGUUGUCGAGUAAAGCCAAAGAGAGAGGAGCAUUUUGUUUGGAUGGAAGCUUGCCUGGGUACCAUUUUCGUAAUGGUUCAGGAUCUGGAUCAAAAAGCUGGCUUCUUCAUUUGGAGGGUGGAGGCUGGUGCAGUACAAUAGCGUCAUGUUCUUCUCGAGCAAUGACUAGAUUAGGCUCUUCUAACUACUUUGAAGAUGAAGUGGCCUUUCAAGGUGUUUUAAGCAGUGACCCAUCUCAAAAUCCUGACUUCUUUAACUGGAACAGAGUUAUGGUACGGUACUGUGAUGGUGCUUCUUUUGCUGGACGCCCUGAAGCUGAAUUCAAGAAUGAAACACGGCUUUUCUUCCGGGGCCAACUCAUUUGGGAGGCAAUCAUGGCUGAACUGUUGUCGAUGGGCAUGUCUGAUGCGAAACAGGCCAUUCUUACAGGAUGUUCUGCUGGUGGCUUGGCAUCUCUUAUACAUUGUGACUACUUUCGAGAUCAUUUGCCAAAAGAUGCAGCUGUCAAAUGUAUUUCCGAUGGAGGAUAUUUUCUCAAUGUGCCUGAUGUCCAUGGGAACCCUACAAUGAGAUCUUUCUAUCAUGAUAUUGCUAACCUGCAGGGUGUACAUAAGAGCUUGGAUCAGAAAUGUGUAGCCAAGACAGAUCCAUUUAAGUGUAUGUUUCCUGAAAAUUUCCUUAAAAACAUUAGAACCCCGGUAUUUCUUGUCAAUGCAGCCUACGAUUUUUGGCAGAUUGCACAUGUCUUGGUACCAGCUUCUGAUGAUCCAGAUAAAAGUUGGGCAAAGUGCAGACUCAAUAUUAAGGAAUGUAAUGCUGCACAGCUGAAAGUUCUACAUGGUUUUCGCAGCUCUUUGAUGGAUGGGAUCGGGGUAUUUCAUCAGAACAGAGUUGGUGGAAUGUUCAUAGAUUCCUGCUUUUCUCAUUGCCAGUCACUUAUGCCAGUGACAUGGCACUCCCCAACCUCAACAAGAAUCGAAAAUAAGACAAUUGCAGAAUCUGUAGGUGACUGGUACUUCAACCGAAAACCGGUGAAGCUAAUCGAUUGUCCUUACCCGUGCAAUCCCUCUUGUUACAACUCGAAUUUCACCUAA